AUGCCUGUUACCAACGAUAUCAAUUUUGAACCUGUCUCUCCUGUCGUAACAACUGAUGAUGCUGAGUUUGUGGAAAAUAAUGAUGAAGAAAGUAACCAGCACCUUGGUGAAGAUAUGGGUCAGAAUGAUCAUCAUGAACAGCACGAAUGUACAACUCCCUCAGCUACUCCUAUUACCAUCGAGAAUCCGGAGACUUCACCACAGGUAAAUACUCAGACCAACUCCCCUAUUUUACAUGAUCAAAUUCAUGAGCCAAGGUAUCCCACCAGACAAAACAGGGGCGUUCCAAAGAAACAAUACCAACUAGAUCUCAAUUCUAAGGCGAAAUACCCCAUAAACAAUUAUGUCUCAUCUCAUCGCCUUUCGAAAACUCAUGCCUUUGCUGUGAAUCAACUAUCAUCUGUAUCAAUUCCUAGUGAUGUACAGGAUGCUUUGAAGGAACACAAGCCGCAAGUAGCGGCGUAUCUAAGUGAAAUUCCACGUGCUAAAUGGACUAGAGCAUAUUCGUCGUCGAAACGGUACGAUUACAUGACCUCGAACAGUGUAGAGUCCAUGAAUGCUUUAUCUGUAGAUGCAAGGAAGAUGCCUAUAGUACCCCUUCUUGAGUUCUUCCGUCGUCUUUCACAUGAAUGGUGUAACAAGCGUCACAUCGAUGGAGGGAAACGUUCAACAGUGCUAACGGAGUGGGCUGAAAAAGUAGUUAGGAAAAAUGAAGAGCGUAUGACAGGAUGGUGUGGUGUAAUGUUGUUUGCCACGUUUGGUUUGGACGAUUCUGCCCUUGAUGUUAUAACCCUAUCAUAG